AUUCGCUUCGACCCGCCUCCGCCAUCAUUGUCUAGGGUUUCUGUGAUAGUUUCAUCAGCUGCGAAAGAGAAGAAGAGAUGGCGAGGAUUAAGGUUCACGAACUUCGACAGAAGUCUAAGACGGAACUCCUGAACCAGCUUAACGAUCUCAAAGCGGAGCUUGCUCUUCUUCGCGUCGCCAAGGUCACUGGAGGAGCCCCCAACAAGCUUUCCAAGAUCAAGGUGGUGAGGCUUUCGAUCGCGCAGGUGCUGACUGUGAUAUCCCAGAAGCAGAAGGCGGCGCUUAGAGAGGCUUACAAGAAUAAAAAGUUUCUCCCGCUUGACCUCCGGCCAAAGAAGACCCGUGCGAUAAGGCGUCAACUUACCAAGCGUCAGGCCUCACUGAAGACUGAACGGCAGAAGAAAAAGGAACUGUACUUUCCCUUGAGGAAGUAUGCUAUCAAAGCUUAGAAGAAUCAGAUCAAUAAUAAUACUCUGUUUCCUUAUAUUUAUAUGGAACCUAUCCGUUUUCUAAGAUUUUGGCACUAAAUUUAUGGAAAUGUAUUCCGUUUGAAUUUGUUGUUAUUAGUUUUGCUUCAUUUCAAGAUUUUCUUAAUGCAGUUCUAUUUUUUGCA